UUCUGUACAGUGGGUUUAACCGGAAGUCUAGUCCCUCCGCAGAUCAUCUUUGACGUUGAGCGACGCGAAGAAGCAGAAAAACUUAUUCUGCGGGCACAACUUCAGGCUUUGUGAACAAAAACUUUCAAAGAUGUCUUCGGGCGCUCUCUUCCCCAGCAUGGUCAGCGGCUCCAGAGCAAGCUCCAGCAAGUACCUGGUGGAGUUUCGAGCAGGUAAAAUGAACCUGAAGGGCAACACGGUGACCCCGGACAAACGGAAAGGGCUGGUCUACAUCCAGCAGUCCGAUGACUCUCUGAUCCACUUCUGCUGGAAGGACCGGACCGCGGGGAACGUAGAUGAUGACCUGAUCAUCUUCCCUGACGACUGUGAGUUUAAAAGGGUGACACAGUGCACCACCGGACGUGUCUACGUCCUGAAAUUCAAGGCCGGGUCCAAGCGGCUCUUCUUCUGGAUGCAGGAGCCAAAGACUGACAAAGAUGACGAGUACUGCCGGAAGGUCAACGAGUACCUGAACAACCCUCCCAUCCCCGGAGCAUCCGGCAGCGGCGGCGGUGGCCACGAGUUGUCAGCGCUGGGAGGAGAGGGCGGCCUGCAGAACCUGCUGGGAAACAUGAGCCACAACCAGCUGAUGCAGCUGAUGGGACCCACGGGGCUCGGAGGUCUCGGAGGCCUGGGAGCUCUAGCUGGACCGGGACUCGCCAACCUGCUGGGGGGCGGAGGACCUGUGACCAGCAGCUCCUCAUCCAGUUCUCGAAGCCAAUCAGCUGCAGUGACUCCUUCACCAGGCGGAGGUCCCAGAAUGAGCUCCUCCCAGGCGCCCGCUGCCCCUGCCGCUGUUCCCGUCACCUCGGCUCCCUCCUCCACCGCUGCCACGCCCUCCACACCAGCCCCGGCUCAGACUCCCGUGGCCCCGGCCUCCACUGGAAGCCCCGCCCCUCACCAGCCCAUCCAGCUCAGCGAUCUUCAGAGCAUCCUGGCCACCAUGAAUGUGCCGGCAGCAGGGGCUCAGGGCUCAGCAGUGGACCUGGCGAGCGUGUGCACCCCAGAGAUGAUGGCUCCCAUUCUGAGCAACGCCGAGGUCCAGCAGAGGCUCCUCCCCUUUCUCCCCAGUGGGGAGAGUCUGCCGCAGAGCGCCGAGGAGAUCCAGAACACCCUGAACUCUCCUCAGUUCCAGCAGUCCAUGAGCAUGUUCAGCAGUGCAUUGGCCUCCGGGCAGCUCGGCCCCCUCAUGAGUCAGUUUGGACUGCCACCCGAUGCCGUGGACGCAGCCAACCGUGGAGAUGUGGAGGCGUUCGCUCGAGCCAUGCAGGGCAGCAGAGAAGAGUCGAAGGAGAAGAAGGACGAGGAGGACAUGAGUCUGGAUUAGUCUCUGUGACAUCAUCUGUUUCAUUCUUUUUCACUUUUUCUUCUAUCAAAGGUUUGACCCUUCCAUGACCUUUUUUUUCCUCUG